UGGACCAUGCUCCACUGAAGUGAUAGUACAGCCCAUAUUUGCAUAUCAAUCAUACACAGAUACUUGUUCAUGCACUGUAAAGCACACUGGACAUGUAAACAGACAUGUUGUAGGUUAUACACAAACUGUCGUGUAACUAAAAGCCAUGUUGUAGUGUGUACACCAAAACUUGUGCGGGAUGGCGAACAACAUUAAAGUGUUUAGCGGCACCUCGCAUCCUGCCAUGGCUAAACGAAUGUGUGAUCUCCUUGGACUGGAACUGGGCAAUGUGACCACUAAGAAAUUUAGUAAUGGAGAGUUGUGUGUUGAGGUUGGUGAGUCAGUGCGCGGUGAGGAUGUCUACAUUGUUCAGUCGGGUUGCUGUGAAGUGAACGACAUGUUGAUGGAACUGCUCAUCAUGAUAAAUGCGUGCAAGAUAGCGUCGGCGUGCAGAGUGACCGCGGUCAUUCCGUGCUUCCCGUACGCCAGGCAGGAUAAGAAGGACAAGAGUCGCGCUCCAAUUUCUGCCAAACUUGUUGCCAACAUGUUGUCUACCGCAGGAGCUGACCACAUCAUCACCAUGGACCUCCACGCUUCACAGAUCCAGGGUUUCUUCGACAUCCCUGUGGACAAUCUGUAUGCUGAACCAGCCGUGCUGAAAUGGAUUAAAGAAAACAUUCCUGAUUGGAGAAAUUCAACAGUUGUCUCCCCUGAUGCUGGAGGUGCUAAAAGGGUGACAUCAAUAGCUGACCGGUUGAAUGUUGACUUUGCUCUGAUCCAUAAGGAGCGGAAGAAAGCAAAUGAGGUGGCGUCCAUGGUGUUGGUGGGUGAUGUCAAAGAGAAGGUCGCCAUUUUGGUUGAUGACAUGGCCGACACAUGCGGGACAAUCUGCCACGCAGCAGAAAAAUUGCUUGAAGCUGGGGCACAGAAAGUUUACGCAGUCUGUACACAUGGUAUUUUUUCUGGACCAGCAACUUCCCGAAUCAACAACUCCAUGUUUGAAGCCGUUGUUGUGACCAACACUAUUCCACAAGACGAAAGAAUGAAACAUGCUCCCAAAAUAAAAUGUAUUGACAUAUCGAUGAUCCUUGCGGAGGCGGUGAGACGAACCCACAAUGGCGAAUCUGUGUCGUAUUUAUUUUCCAACGUUCCCAUGUAGUGAAUGCUGGUCGACUGCUGUGGAUGUAUUGUGGAUGAAUGGAAAGGAAGUUGAAAGGUUUUCCAGAUUGACUGAUACCCAGACUGUGGUUGUUGGAGGUUGGGAUGGGGGGAGCAAUGUCUCAGACCAACCUUGUUAAAAAGUAGUUGUGCUAUUGUUAGCUCACGAAAUGGAAUCAUCUCAGCUUGCAUAUGCAGCUAUAGUUUCUACUUCUCAUACAUUAACCUGAUGUCUCAAACCAAGUGGAUUAACAAAAUUUACUAAAAUAUAUCUUUAUUAUAAACAGGCAUUUAUCAAGUCUUUCUGUGGGUCCCAAUAUAGGACACUUCUCAAAGAACGUACCCUGAAAAUUCCCAAUUUCUGUACUAAAAAUACCCAAAAUAUAUUUAAUUAUGUCUGUUCCAAUAAAUUAAUUUAACAGUAGUGUACUGCAUCAUUCAGGGCCAGAACAAAUAUCCCAAAUAUGAUUUACUCAGACUAAUGUUUUCAAUCCUAUCAAACAUGGGACCCUGGUGAAAAAGUCCCUGAUAAGGACCCAAACUAGAGCCUACGAGCUAGUAUUGGAUAAAGUAGGGAGCAAAAUAGGGUCAGGUGCUGGUACACCUGACACAGUGGAGGGGUGGGAGUGGGUGGAAUGCACCAAGUUUGAGAGAUCAGGUUAAGUAUUGAUGAAAAAAGAAAAUUGUCAAAAUUCCUUCAUUUUUGUUUCCUGUUUUCGCUAGGAUAUUUUAAAAAACAGUGUUGUAUAAUAAUUAUUAUGUUGUUACUAGCCCACUGUUAAAAUGUUGAGUUACAGAAAGGCUGUUUUUUUUAAAGGAUGACAUCAACUCCUAUACUCUCUGCUUGCUAGUAAUGUUUAUUUGUGAACGUGACACCGUUAUACACUUAAAAUGUUACCCACAUUUACCACAUUGCUGACAGUUGACUGUUGUAAAACAAAUGGUUUUUCUAACAUGAAAAUCUUUGAAAACUGGAUUAAUUUUAUUUUUCUUAAGAUUUGUCUACAAUACUGAACAAUUUAUUAUUGUGCAAUAAUUUAUUGCUUUAUUCUGUAAUAAAACAAAAUGCUAAUGCAGCUAUAGCUUUAAUAAACUUGAUUUAGUAUUAUUUAAAAAGUUGAUUUUUGUCAAUUAUUUUGGAGGAAAAAAAGGAGUAGGUGGAUUUUGUAAGAUAUUCUUAUGUUAGAAUAUACAUGUACGCACUAAUGUAAGCCUGUCCUUUUAAAUAAAACUUUGUUCAGCAUUAUGUAAGAUUGCACAUCUUUAUUCUCUUUUAACAUAAGGAUUGUUCAGUGGUUAAACCUGUCAAUUUAUCUUAUGAUGCUUUAAGACAAAUGUACAUAUUGCUAUUUGUGAUGAUUAAAUUAGCAGGGUUUUUUUUCUUUUGCCAUGUUUUCGUUAUGUGCUUCUGUUUUGUGAGUACUUUGAGUGGAACUGUGUGUAAAUAAAUAGGUUUUAAGGCUUGAACAAAAGGGAAAACAAUGUUGAAGUAACAGGUUUUGGGUUGGAUGGGAAAUGUUAUUGAAUAAGUGAUUAGUAUGUGUGCAAGCCAGAUGUGCAGAAAAUUGUAUAAUCAUUAUAAAUAUUAUUGUUGUUUGUCUGAGACUGAUGGUAUUUUAUGUCGGUACCCUCCCCCAGUUGCUGGAAGAUACCUAUAUUGUGGCAAAUAUUUUGAUGAACAGUGAUAUAAUCCCUUUGUGCCCUUGUUUAAAGUACCAAAGUCUCAAACUGGCAAAAAUAGUCAUGUUCACACUUUGACUUGUGUAAAUAUUGUAUAACAAAAUCUUGAUAGUCACUCGGGUAUAGAAAAAUGGAAGAAGACAUCUGUUAUGUUAUUGAAUCAAAAUGAGCACUUCAUGUUGUAUCAGUUUAUUAAAUAGCAUAAAAUAUGUCUAUCGCUGUGAUAAUACAGGGCUUCUAGAAUUUUCAUAAAAUCCACUAGCCAUGGGAUCAGUGA